CUCCGCUCCCCCCAUUUCCGUUUCAAACAAACCCUACCCCACAUCCACUUCCAGAUGAGCCACGAGGCCGGAGGCGACGAGAUGGCCCUCCGUCGCCGCCACCCGCCGACGGCCGCGGCGCUGGAAGACGAGGACCUCCUCGGGGAGAUCCUCCUCCGCGUCACCCCGCUGCCCUCCUCGCUCCUCCGCGCCUCCCUCGUCUCCAAGCUAUGGGGAGGCGUCGCCACCGCCCCCUCCUUCCGCCGCCGCUUCGUCGCCCACCACCGGAGGCCCCCCGUCCUCGGUUUCUUCAAGAAGGGCGACGGGGAGCUGGUCUUCACACCCAUCCUCAACCCCCCCGACCGCAUCCCUCGCGCGCGCUUCUCCCUGCGGCCCGGCGGCGACGACGAAGAUUUCAGUGGCCAGUUCAAUUCGUGGGUUCUGCUCGGGUGCCGCCACGGCCGGGUCCUUAUCGUCAUCCGGUUUUGGCCUAUGCUCCUCGUGUUUCAUCCGGUCUCCGGUGACUGCCGCAGCGUGGACAUUCCGUCAGAUUUCCUCCAGUGUGUGCGGGACUUCAGCGGAGCCGUGCUCUGCGCUGCAGGCGACGACCAGGGCCACGUGCACGGAGACUGCCACUCGUGCCCCUUUAAGGUUGUCUUGGUAGGCACCAGAGAGAAACAAGAUCUCACCGUCGCCUGGGUUUACUCCUCAGAGACCGGCAUGUGGGGAGAUCAAGUUUCGACGACGCAACCAUGUGCCGGUUUGGUCUACCAUCUCCCCGGCAUGGUUAACCGUCUCCCCUGCACGCUUGUGGGCAAUGUCCUCUACUGGUUGUUGCAUGGGUCAGACAAUGGCAUACUCGAGUUUGAUUUAGAUAGCCAGAGACUGGCUCUGAUAGAGAGGCCUUCAAGUGCGGGCAUCAACCGCGGCAACAGUCGGAUCAUCAGGUUAGAGGAUGGCAGUGUUGGCCUCGCUGUAUUUUUGUAUCCGACCUUCAAUAUGUGGAAACGCAAGGUCAGUAGUCAGGGUGUUGCCUCAUGGGCGCGGCACAAGAUUAUUGACAUUCACAAGAUCAUUGGUCUGCCACGUCGGAUUAAGACAGGGAAGGGAGCUAUAGUGGGGUACUCCGAGGAUGCUAACGCGGUUUUUAUAUCGGUGUCUGGCUAUUUACAAUACUAUGCCUUCAUUGUUCAACUUGAGUCCAUGCAGUCCAGGAAACUUAAUCAAAUAUUUUUCGAGAAUUCCUACCAUCUGUUCGCAGAUUUCUAUACUGCAGGUACAGUUCCAGCCAUUGAGCCAACACAGCAGCAAAGUAUUGUUCCAGCAAUUGAGCCACCACAGCUGCAGGGUGGUCGCAUGAUUCAGUUGAUCAGUAGGAUUUUCGUCUGCACCAGGUAUACAAUUUUUAAAUUGCUUCCUUUGUAUGUUUCAGCUGAGCAUACUUUGUAUCACCAUGAAUCAUAUGAAAACUUCAUCAAUUCCAGAGUCAUAGUUAAUGUUUUUAUAGGAUUUUUACAUUUGUCUCGUACAUGAAGACUAGAGAAAAUGAAUAGUAAAUAGUUUCUAACUAAUAUACUCCCAGUAUAUUUGAUUCACAUGGCCAGCUGCUCCAAAUUGCGUCUAACUAGUUAUCUCACGGCUUCUAAAAUUCAUGUGUGAUUUUCAUUUGGAUUUGGUUCUCUUAUCAGCAUUUGGUGGUUUUCCCUUCUCAUAUCUGACUGUAAUGUGGUGUAAGAACUGGUUAUAUUCCGUUGAGCAAUUAAUGGAAAGGUGUGAAGGCCCGGUUGGGAGAAAAAUCAGCAUUUGGUUGUAUGACUUGAAUAGGAGAACAGUGGGCAGGUAAGCACUACGUAGUAAGAAAAAGGACAUGCUAAUUUAGUUUUUGUUAGUUUUCACUGUUAUUACCAUCUGUUUGCAGCUUCCUAAAAAUGAGUGGUGUCAUGAUCAUUUGACAGAAUGAAGAAAAUAAAGGAGCAUAGGCCGAUAGGAAUGGAACUUGUGAGUUAGUAGUACCUUGCUUUAAGCGAAAAAGUUAAUUUUCCUGUUUGUACGGCAGCAAUACAUAUCAGUAAAAGCAAAAGAAUGUUUAUGAAGCGGUUUUUGACGUGGUAACAGAUUAUCAGUAAAACCAAAGCAUGCCAUAGCUAUACAUUGAAUUUUUUUUGAAUCAUAUCUUUGCUUCUAUAUCA